GACCCCAGAACAAAGGAUUGGUUGUUGUUGAGUGAAUCCCCAAAGCAGGUGCAUGUGUUGUCAGUGAUGUACCUGGCAUUCGUGCUGCUGGGUCCGAUUAUCAUGCAGCAUCGAGAGGCAUUUCAGUUGAAGGGAAUCAUGAUUGUUUACAAUCUCUCUCUCGUCAUGCUCUCCAUUUACAUGUUUGUUGAAAUUGUGUCAAGUGCCCUUAGUUGUGAUUAUGGUGUUUCCUGUGCGGUUUACAACAAACAAACCAUCAAAAACCCUAAAGAGAUAAGAGUACUAUGGUGGUACUUUUUCUCGAAAGCUAUUGAACUUUUUGAUACAGUGUUGAUGAUCUUACGUAAGAAAAAUAAUCAGGUGACAUUUCUGCAUGUGUUUCAUCAUGUUUCCAUGCUAAACAUCUGGUGGAGGGUAAUGGUGUAUAUCCCUGGAGGAUUGUCCUACUUUGGAAGUGCACUGAACUGUGUGGUGCACGUCGUCAUGUACACUUACUAUGGUCUAUCUGUUGUCCCUCAGCUCAGGGAACAUCUCUGGUGGAAGAAAUAUCUCACCAUGUUUCAACUGGUUCAGUUUGUGAUCACCUUCGUGCACACGUGUGCGUCGUUGUACGUGCAAUGUGAUUUUCCGGUGUGGGGGCAGUGGCUUAUGUUCUACUACAUGAUCAUCAUGCUCAUCCUCUUUUCAAACUUCUACCUCCAUGCUUACGUCAUCAGGAAGGAGAAGAAAAAGAUGCCCAAGAUGAACGCUGAGGUGCUAGCUAAUGGGGGAGAUAAUGGUGAACUACCAGCUCAAAACGGUGGACAGUUUGCUAAUGGAUAUGACAGCAAGAAGAAAAAAAGUGCUUAA